AUGGAACAUCAACAUAACCAUGAUCAUCACCAACAUGAUCAUUUUCACGAAGUAGAAGAUCCUAUUGAGUCAGAAAAAUUACACCUAAUCAAAGUUAUUACUGCACUUGCUUACUAUAAACGUCAUUCUCUCAAUCAUAAUCAUAAAAAGAGACGCGAUUAUCUUGCUUUACCAGAACAUCAUAAACAACUCAUUCCCAACUAUUUGCAAAAAGUAAACGAAGUCGAUGUUUGUAUUGAACAAAAUAUGAUAUUUCUUCGUGAGAUUGUUAAAAGUGCUACCAUGUUUGUUGAUGCACCUUUGACUUCGAUUCAGAACACACAACAACAAUUAAAUGGUAGACCUCCUGUUUCUCCUAUGGAUAUGGAUAAAGUGAGAAGUACGUUAAAACAAUUUGUAAGAGAUUGGUCAAAAGAGGGAGAAAAGGAACGUAAAGCCACUUAUGAGCCUAUUAUUAAAGAAUUGAAUGAAAUUUAUAAAGACACAUCUUUUGAAGAAAAAGGUAAGAUUCGCAUAUUAGUACCUGGAGCAGGCUUAGGUAGAUUAGCAUUUGAUAUAGCUAAAGCAGGAUUUAGCUGCCAAGGCAAUGAAUUUUCAUAUUAUAUGUUAUUUGCAUCCAAUUUUAUUCUUAAUAGAAUCAAGGAAGAAAAUCAAUACAAAAUUUAUCCUUUUAUUCAUUCAUUCUCUAAUAUCAAAUCAGAUGCACAACAACUAUCACCUAUUUUGAUACCAGAUGUGUUGCCUGCCAAUUUGCCUCCUUCAGUCGAUUUUUCGAUGGUUGCAGGUGAUUUUAUUGAAGUCUAUCAAGGCGUACAACAAGAAAAUGCAUGGGAUUCUAUUGUGACCUGCUUCUUCAUUGACACAGCUAAAGAUAUUAUAGAAUAUAUGGAAGUCAUAUAUAAAGCAUUAAAAGACAAUGGCACAUGGAUUAAUAUUGGUCCUUUAUUAUAUCAUUUUGAAGACUCUAGUUCUGGUGAUUCUUCAAUUGAAUUAAGUCUUGAUCAAGUAAAAGAAGUAGCUAAGAAGCUUGGAUUUGAAUUUAAGAAGGAAAGCACUAUAUCUACUACAUAUACUUCAAACCCUGAAGGUAUGUUAAAGUAUGUAUAUGAAUGUGCAUUUUGGACUGCAGUUAAGAUUAAAUAA